UUGCUGGUGGUUUACUCUCUGAUUGCAAUCCUUCUUUUUAGUUAAGAAAAGCUGGAACCUUUAAGAAUGACAAAGGUUCAUCCCAAUGCUGGUUUUACGGGCGCCCAUGGUGUGUUAGUAGCGGCGGAGACGUCCGAUGAAGAGGAAGUCGUUCUAACAGUCUGGAAAAAAUCAUUGCUGUUCAACUGUAAUGGCUUCACGGUGUUCGAUGGUAAAGGCGAUUUAGCAUUCAGGGUGGAUAAUUAUAUGCAAAGCAACAAGGGAUCCAUCCUUUUAAUGGAUGCCAAUGGCAGGCCUCUCCUCACCAUCCGCCGCAAGAGAAUGAGCCUGGGACUGGGAGAGAACUGGCUGGUUUACGAGGGAGAAGAAACCAUGGCGAGCCCUCGAUUUUCGGUGAAGAAAUCGAUCAGCAUAUUGAACAACAAGUGCUUGGCUUAUGUCAUCGGUAACGAUCGGAGUAAGAAAACCGUGUACGAGAUCGAGGGGUCUUACUCCCAACGGCACUGCGCCGUGCUGGGUGACAACAGGAGGUUGGCAGCGGAGAUAAGGCGGAAAGAGGGUGGCGGAGGGACUGCCUUCGGAAGCGACAUUUUCCGUCUUGUUGUUAAGCCUGAAAAUAUACGGACGGACUUUGCAAUGGCUCUUGUUAUUCUUCUUGAUAAAAUGUUCUAGUUUC